AUGUCUGACCAGGAAGGAUCCAGUGUGAAGUUUUUAACUGGAAUGAAAGAGAAGACUCGUGUGAUAAAAUUAAGGAAAGUUUUUCAAGGACAGUUUUUCUUGCACGUUUCGAAAUUGCGAACCGUGUAUGAAUGCGAGACCGAAAUUGAACCUGAGAAAGAACUUGAACCCGAGAACGAACUUGAACCCGAGAACGAACUUGAACCCGAGAACGAACUUGAACCCGAGAACGAACUUGGACCCGAGAACGAACUUGGACCCGAGAACGAACUUGGACCCGAGAACGAACUUGAACCUAAGAACGAACUUGAACCUGAGAACGAAGAUUCUUGUUAUAUUCAAUCAGACAUAUCUGUAAAUACCUCAAAAAAUUCAAUUAGUGAGAAGAGAAUGGCCCCGACAACUCUGACUGUUUCAAGUGAUUUGCCUUGCUCAUUGUCCAAGCAAGCCCCGCCUAUAAACCAAACAAUUCAAUCGACAUUCCAGCUUGUUGCAAACAACCCUGAACCAGUAUAUCCUUCAAGCAUCCAACCGGCGAUCAAGCCUAUGACAUUUAUUCCUGGAUUAUCGCCGCACCCAGGCAAUCAACCAGCAAUCGUAACCGCAACAUACAGUCAUAAAAUCGUUCAAUCAACCACCAACCCCGCUACGUACGAUCAUUUACCGCCGUGUUACCCAAGCAUGCAAUCAGUAAUUCAGCCUCCGAUGAACAGCUCCGGACAUUAUCCUUGUUCAGGUAUUCAACCGACAACCCAACCCACUACGUACCCUGGCCUCUCGUAUAACCAGAGCAUUCAACCGCCAAUCCAGGCGUCCGAUCCGUGGCCGUUGUAUUAUCCAAGCAACCAACCUUCAAUCCAACUUUCGUCUUCCACGUGGAAUCCUGGCUCGUCGCAAUAUGUGAACAAUCAAGAUGAGAUUCAACCGUCGACGUCCAAUUUGGGUACGCCGCAAUAUGUGAAAAAUCAAAACGAGGUACAAUUUUCGACACAUAGUAAUUUGCUGCCAUCUCUUCCAGGCAUUCAAUCCACAGUCCAACCUCUAACGUGCCAUUCUGGACCGUUGUCCUACCCAAACAAUCGACCAACAAUCCAAACGUCGGCAUGCAAUCCUAUGCCGGUGCCUGGCCUCAGAACUGUACCGAGGGUUCAACCCAACAUGCAUAAUCCUGUACCCUCCCCUUACCAAAACAAUAUACCAGCGAGUCAACCUAUAACCUUCAAUCCUGGGUCUUCCUCUCCCCCAUGCAUUCAACCUGUGAUCCAGCAACAAGGGCAAAAUCGUGCACUGUUGCCAUACCCAAGCAAUCAACCGGCGAUUCAACCUGUCACUUACAAUCGUGAGGUGACGUCUCCUCCGAUUAUUCAACCUGUGAUCCAGCCUGAGACAUAUAAACUUGGGUCAUCGUCUCCUCCAAUUCCUGAACCGGCAACCCAACCAACCGAGCACAUAACUGGUCCAUUACCAGACCUAAACAAUCAACCGGCGAUUCAAUCUGUGCCUUACAAUCGUGAGCUGACAUCUCCUUCGACCAUUCAAUCGGCGAUCCAACUUGAAAUAUACAAUCCUGAGUCUGUAUCUCCUUCAAAUACUCUGCCGACGCUCCAAACUACGAUGCACGGUCCUGGACUGCAGUCUUACCCGAACAAUCAACCGACAAUUCAGCUCAAUUUGCAUAACACUGAGCCAUUUUCUUACCAGAAAAUGAAUCCCCCAGUCAACCAGUUCAAUGCGUGCAAUACUAUGUCCACGUAUUAUCCUAGCAAUCAACCUGCAAUGCAGGCCUCUAUACAACACCCUGAGCCGCCGUCCAACCCAAGCAAUCAAAGUGUUAUCCGGUUCAAUCCACCGGCUAUCCAGCCUAAUCUGUGUCAUCCGGUGCUGUCGUCUCAACCGAACAAUCCAUCGGCUAUCCAGCCGGCUAUGUGCGAUCCUGUACCGCCGUCUCAACCGAUCAAUCAACCGGCUAUUCAGCCUGCUAUAUGUGAUUCAAUUCCAUCGUCGCAACUGGACUUUCCACCGGCUAUCGAACCUGCUAUCAAUCCACCGGCUAUCCAGCCUAAUCUGUGUCAUCCGCUGCUGUCGUCUCAACCGAACAACCCAUCGGCUAUCCAGCCCGCUAUGUGUGGUCCUGUACCGCCGUCUCAACCGAUCAAUCAACCGGCUAUCUACUUUUCGUCGUGUCAGCGAUGCGAUGCAGCUCACACACUCAGGAGUCCUAUUGCUUCCCCAACCGCUCCUAAACUUCCUAUGACAUCGAAAAUUCAAUAUAAGAAGAUGACACUCGCUGAGCUCGACAUUGCGCUAAGGAACAUUUUCCAAAGAAGUUUGUCGGUUUGA